GAAUGAAAAGCAGAUACGCAGCUUAUUUGACGAAAGCGCAGUCCACUGGUAUUAUUAGCAACCCGCUGUGCGACAACAGCAGCAAGUCCGUGUAAAUGACUGCCUAAGCAUUAUUGAGCAUAUCUUCCACUAGCAGAGCUCCGCGAGCGAAUGACAAACAGAAAGUGAGAGGCGAUAAAGCAAAUCAAGCCGUCAACACAUUCCAAAUGUGUUAAGAAGUUAUCGUCUCAGUCUUGUAGUACAUCGGGAACGAGCACAAGAUGAUUACCCAGCGACGUGCGCAGGUGGCACUUUUAAAAGUUCAAUUAAUAUUGCUGAUUGCCAAUUUGGCAACGGCUGCCGUUCCUGGACGAUAUGAGGCGUUAAUGAAGCAACAAUCAACUGACGAAGACAUGGGGCUGUAUAGUGUUGAGGACAAGGUUUUUAUAAUGACCAGUGCAAAUUUUAAUGAGACGGUGCUGGAGCAGAAUCGUUCAGUUCUGGUCGAGUUCUACAAUACGUAUUGUGGACAUUGCCGAAGGUUUGCUCCCAUUUAUAAGGCGGUGGCCGAGCAGCUGUUACCAUGGCGUGAUGUGGUCCUCAUUAGUGCCAUUGAUUGUGCAGCUGAAGAAAACAACGGUGUAUGCCGCAUGUACGAGGUAAUGGGAUAUCCUACAAUGCGGUAUAUGGGACCCGGAUUCCAGCCUGGCGUGAAGCAAUAUGGCCAAAAUUUGCAAACCCAAAAUCCCGACGAGAUUCGCUCACAGCUGGCCAAAUUUGUGGCAGCCGAGAAUCAGACAGCGACCACCAACAACAGCUUCUGGCCGAACUUCCAGCAGGUGACAGAUAACGACAGUGCGUCCUCCCUCUUCGAGGGCCUAAGCAGUCAGCGAGAAUACAUAGCACUGGUGUAUGAGCCAGAAAAUUCAACGGUUGCCAUCGAAACGGCACUAUUCCUACUUCAUUGGCCAGCUGUCCAAGUGCGUAUUGUCCACGAUGCUGCAACAGCCGAAAAAUUCAAAAUCGACACUAUUCAAAAUAAGUUGGCCCUCAUCGAUCGCAAGGGAAACGCAACACCUUUUGCGCCAUCGGAGGAAACUAGUGACUCCUAUUCCAAGACCAUUGAAGAUUUUCUGAGGGCACAUCAUUUUACGCCGAGACCAGAGCUAAUUGAAACCGCACACUCGACAAGCAGUGAAAAGUUAAAUGAAUUCGGAGCCGAGCACAAGAAAAUUAUUGAUGAAGUGCAUAGGAACAAACAUUUUGUUUACCAGGCCGAUUUGGAGCAGGCCAUACGCACCGUGUUGCACAACGAAGUGCCCAAGAUUAACGAGAUUAGUGGUGAGCGUCUGCUGGCGCUGCAACGUUUUUUGGCAGUACUACAGCGCUACAAUCCCUUGGGCGCCAAUGGCCAAGAACUGGUGGCCAAACUCAGUAGCUUUGUGGUGCAGUUUAAUCAGCAGAUUACAGGCAAACAGUUCGAACAAGAACUGCAGCGUCUGGAACACCAGUAUUCCCCCAUAUACUCAUCCACUCAGUUUAUCGGCUGCGCUGGCUCUCAACAGCAUUACCGCGGCUUUAGCUGCUCGCUCUGGACGCUCUUCCAUUAUAUGACGGUGCAAGCGGCCCAGAACGAUCAAUCACAAGAUCCCCUCGAAGUGUUGCAAGCCAUGCAUGGGUACAUCAAGGGCUUCUUCGGUUGCACCGAUUGUGCCGAACAUUUUCAGGCAAUGGCCUCGCGUCGCAAAAUCUGGAGCGUGCCAAGUAAAGAGGAGGCAAUACUCUGGCUCUGGCAAGCCCACAACGAAGUAAAUCAACGACUGGCAGGCGAUUCCACAGAGGAUCCUGAAUUUCCAAAAACUCAAUUUCCCACUCGCAGUAGUUGCGCGCAAUGCUAUCGCGGUCCCAGCUCGACAACUUCCCACCUAGACAUCAGUUGGAAUAAGGAUGCUGUGCUAGGAUUCCUGAACAACAUAUACAAUCCGGAGUUCAUCAGCCGAUACGGCCUGCAACGUGAGGAACUGUUGCAUGCCACGGCGGAAAAGCUGAGGCAGAAACGUCAAAUCGCUAACGUGUUCUCGGACAUCGACAUGCGCAUGGGAAUGCUCCUAUAUGGCUUCUGCAUAGUGAUGAUGGUCAUUGCGUUCAAGCUAUUCGCAUUCAAGGGCUACCGCAAGAAGCCUUACGGACACGAUCUGCUCGGAAAGGUGUGAUUACGGCUACAAUUUUAUGGGGAUUUUAUUGUUUAUAGUUUUAAUCACAAAAGCAACUGAGACAAGCACACCGACGACUACAUACAUAUGAACAACAGCUAUUGGUAUUCGCUAUUUACAACGACCACCUAUGAACGUUUUUACAUAUGUUGUACAUGCAAUUAUACAUAUAGUUAAGAUAAAAGUGUACAUACAUACAUACAUAUAUGCAUAAUA